CUGAGCUACUGAGCCUCGGAGGGCCGCGGCAUCUCGUUGCCCCGCGGCCGCGAGCAGCGCGCCCGACCCCACACUCGCGGGCCCGCCCAGCGUCAGGAGGCGGCGCGGCCCAUGCGGCUGGGGGCGGAGGCCGGAGCGGGGGGCGGCGGCGGGGCCCGGCCCGGCCCCGUGAUUGGCCGCUGGCUGAGGGCAGCGGGGCGGCCUGGAGGCGUCCCGGGCGGGGAGCAGCCGGCGGAGCCUUCCGCACGCGGCCCCGGCAAGAUGCUGCUGUCCCUGGUGCUCCACAUGUACUCGAUGCGCUGCGUGCUGCCGGCCGCCGUGCUCCUGGGCACUGCCCCCACCUACGUGCUGGCCUGGGGGGCCUGGCGGCUGCUCUCCGCCUUCCUGCCCUCCCGCUUCUACCAGGCGGUGGACGACCGGCUCUACUGCAUCUAUCAGAGCAUGGUGCUCUUCUUCUUCGAGAACUACACCGGCGUGCAGAUAUUGCUAUAUGGAGAUUUGCCAAAAAAUAAAGAAAAUAUAAUAUAUUUAGCAAAUCAUCAAAGCACAGUUGACUGGAUUAUUGCUGAUAUUUUGGCCAUCAGGCAGAAUGCUCUUGGACAUGUACGCUACGUGCUGAAAGAUGGGUUAAAGUGGCUUCCGCUGUAUGGGUGUUAUUUUUCUCAGCACGGAGGGAUCUAUGUAAAGCGAAGUGCCAAAUUUAAUGAAAAGGACAUGAGAAACAAGCUGCAGAGCUACAUGAACGCAGGAACUCCAAUGUAUCUUGUGAUUUUUCCAGAGGGAACAAGGUAUAAUCCAGAACUAACGAAAGUCAUUUCAGCUAGUCAAACAUUUGCUGCUCAAGAAGGCUUUGCAGUAUUGAAACAUGUGCUGACACCAAGAAUAAAGGCAACGCAUGUUGCUUUUGAUUCUAUGAAGAAUUAUUUAGAUGCAAUUUAUGAUGUGACAGUGGCUUUUGAAGGGACUAUUGAUGAUAAAGGGCAGCGGAAAGAAGCACCGUCCAUGGCUGAAUUUCUCUGCAAAGAAUGUCCAAAAAUUCAUAUUCACAUUGAUCGUAUAGACAAAAAAGAUGUCCCAGAAGAACAAGCAUUUAUGAGAAGAUGGCUUCAUGAGCGUUUUGAAAUUAAAGAUAAGUUGCUUAUAGAGUUUUAUGAUUCACUGGAUCCAGAAAGAAGAAACAAAUUUCCUGGGGAAAGUGUUAAUUCUAAAUUAAGUCUCAAGAAGACUUUACCAUCAUUAUUGAUCUUAAGUGGUUUGACUGCUGGUAUGCUUAUGACCGAGGCUGGAAGGAAACUCUAUGUAAGAACGUGGAUUUAUGGAACCUUAAUUGGCUGCUUGUGGGUUAGUAUAAAAGCUUGAGCAGGUAGCUGUCUGCAGGCAGUGGGAUGUACUCCGUGGUUCAGUGUUGGCAGCCACACCUUACGGCAAAUUGUUUCCUGAUUUUAAUAAGAAGUGUAAAUAAAGCCUUGUUGAUUGAACAUUGGAUAAAAUAGAAUUUCUGAUUAAAGCCG